UAGCUCUUAAGUGAGCCACCUCACUUUUUAUUUAUAUAGCACCACUCCCCCCCAUUCUCUUCACUUCUGCCCUCUUCUUAUCCCUGCUAAACCCUAGCUUCUUAAGCCGUCAGUUUUGCUUCACACACACAUUUCCGGCAAUAGGUUUAUUUAAGAAGCUGUAUAUAUAAAAGAAACGCUUCAAAACGAUGUCGGAUGAUGAGAGAGAGGAGAAGGAGUUGGAUCUCACUUCUCCUGAAGUUGUUACCAAAUAUAAAAGCGCCGCUGAGAUCGUCAAUAAGGCGUUACAGUUAGUGAUAGCGGAAUGCAAACCGAAGGCAAAGAUUGUUGAUGUAUGUGAAAAAGGAGAUGCAUAUAUCAGAGAGCAAACUGGUAAUAUGUACAAGAAUGUCAAAAAGAAGAUUGAAAGAGGGGUGGCAUUCCCGACAUGUGUGUCGGUAAAUAACACAGUUUGUCAUUAUUCCCCUCUUGCUAGCGACGAGACUCUGUUUGAAGAAGGCGAUGUUGUCAAAAUUGAUAUGGGAUGCCAUAUAGACGGUUUUAUUGCUGUUGUUGCUCAUACUCAUGCUAUUCAAGAAGGAGCUGUUACUGGUAGAGCAGCUGAUGUUAUUGCAGCGGCGAAUACUGCUGCUGAAGUUGCUUUAAGGCUUGUAAGGCCCGGAAAGAAGAACAAAGACGUUACAGAUGCAAUUCAGAAGGUUGCUGCUGCAUAUGACUGCAAAAUUGUUGAAGGUGUUCUUAGCCAUCAGCUGAAGCAGUUUGUUAUCGACGGGAACAAAGUUAUACUGAGCGUCUCCAAUCCUGAAACAAGAGUUGAUGAUGCAGAAUUUGAAGAGAAUGAAGUUUACGCAAUAGAUAUAGUUACAAGCACAGGGGAAGGCAAGCCUAAGCUGCUGGAUGAAAAGCAUACUACCAUUUAUAAGAGAGCCGUGGACAAGAACUAUCACUUGAAGAUGAAAGCUUCUAGAUUUAUCUUCAGUGAAAUUAGUCAGAAGUUCCCUAUCAUGCCAUUCAGUGCUAGGGCCUUAGAAGAAAAAAGAGCUAGACUUGGUUUGGUGGAAUGUGUGAACCAUGAGCUUCUACAGCCGUACCCUGUGCUUCAUGAGAAGCCAGGAGAUAUUGUGGCUCAUAUUAAAUUCACGGUUCUGCUAAUGCCAAAUGGAUCGGAUAGAAUCACCUCUCAUGCGCUGCAGGAGUUGCAGCCAACCAAGACAAUAGAUGAUCCUGAAAUCAAGGCUUGGUUAGCUUUGGGUACAAAGACAAAGAAGAAAGGCGGUGGAAAGAAAAAGAAAGCCAAGAAGGGUGACAAAGCUGGGGAGUCGACAGAAGCGGAGCCAGUAGAUGAUGCUACAAAUGGGGCUGAAACCCAAGAAUGAGAAUUUUAAUGGUUAUUUUCCUCAUCUGCCUAUUAGCUGUCUCUUUCAGUUUUGUUGCAGAGUUCACUAUGAUUGUAUCUGGUUGAAUAUGAAAUGAUUUUUAUAGUCUCUAGACAUUUAUCUGAA